AUUAUUUCUCUCAUUUCUGCCGCACUUCAUCCUCUCGCGUUCUCAGCCCCUUCAACACUGCACUCCACUUCUCUCCCAAGCCACCGAGUUGCUUGAAGAACCCUAAGCAUCAAGGAAAUUUUCACAUUAUUAUCUGGAAAUGGCUGUCGCAUUCUACAACCUAAGCUCAGAUGCCGGCGUCAAGAAGCUUGAUGAGUACCUCCUGACGCGUAGUUACAUCACUGGGUAUCAAGCUUCCAAGGAUGACAUUACAGUUUACUCAUCACUUUCCAAGCUCCCAUCAUCUGAAUAUGUGAAUGCUUCCCGGUGGUACAAACACAUUGAUGCACUUUUGAGGAUUUCUGGUGUAUCUGGAGAAGGUUGUGGUGUGAUCGUUGAAGGUUUUGCACCUAUCCCUGCGGGUGUGGCAACACCCCCUGCUGCUGACACAAAGGCCUCAGCGGCUGAUGACGACGACGAUGAUGAUGUUGACUUGUUUGGUGAGGAGACUGAAGAGGAAAAGAAGGCUGCUGAAGAGCGUGCUGCAGCUGUGAAGGCUUCAAGCAAGAAGAAAGAGUCUGGAAAGUCCUCAGUUCUUAUGGAUGUGAAGCCAUGGGAUGAUGAGACUGAUAUGAAAAAGCUUGAGGAAGCUGUUCGAAGUGUUACAAUGGAAGGAUUACUUUGGGGAGCAUCUAAACUUGUUCCCGUUGGAUAUGGUAUUAAGAAAUUACAAAUCAUGCUCACCAUUGUGGAUGACCUUGUGUCGGUGGAUGAACUUAUUGAGAGUUAUCUCACUGUUGAACCUGUGAAUGAGUAUGUUCAGAGCUGCGAUAUUGUAGCCUUCAACAAGAUAUGAAUUUUCUGCACUCAGAAGUUGGAAAUUGCAUUGGCUUAUACGGCCUACCAAGUGAUAGUAUUCUCAGUUGGUUUUGGUUAGACAUUCUGAGUGUUUCGACAAACUGUCUUUUUGUAUGAACAUUUUUUCGUAUUAGCAGUUGCAAAAACAUUUCUGUUGCCUCACAUUUUUAGCAGCUUAUUUGGACAGUUAAUUUAUAGCCAUGAUUGCGAAAAA